GGCGCGCCCCGCCCCGCCCCACCCGGCGCGCAGCAGCGGUGGCGGCGGCAGCAGCGCGGCGCGGAGCAGCGAUGCCCGGCGGCGGCGGCGGGGCGGCGGCGUAGAGCGGCCGCGGUGCCCCGGGAGGAUGUGGCGGAGCGGCGCGGUGCUGCCGCUGCUGCUGGCCGCGCUGCUCGGCGCCCCGGCGGGGGCGCAGCCGGCGGGCGAGGCCGCCUGCCGCCCGGUCCGCGCCGCCUUCCAGGUGCUGCAGCCCGGAGCCAAGUGGGUGCCCGAGAGCCCGGUGCCAGGGUCAGAUCUGCAAGUAUGCAUCCCGAAAGGCUCUACGUGCUGCUCGAGGAAGAUGGAGGAGAAGUACCAGGCUGCAGCCCGUCUGAAUAUGGAGCAGCUCCUGCAGUCGGCCAGCAUGGAGCUGAAGUUCCUUGUCAUUCAGAAUGCCGCCCUCUUCCAAGAAGCCUUUGAAAUCGUAGUACGGCAUGCGAGAAACUUCACCAACACCAUGUUUCGGAAGCACUACCAGAGCAUGGGGCCCAGAGCUCUCAAGUUUGUUGGAGAACUUUUUACUGAUAUCUCGCUGUACAUAUUGGGCUCGGACAUCAGCGUUAAUGACAUGAUAAAUGAAUUUUUUGACAGUUUAUUCCCCUUGGUCUACUCUCACUUGGUCAAUCCCGGCUUCCCCGAUGCCUCCGUAGAAAUGACUGAGUGCCUGCGGGCAGCCAGGAGAGACCUCAAGGUCUUUGGUAACUACCCGAAGGUGAUGAUGACGCAGGUGUCGAAGUCGCUGCAGGCCACGCGGGUCUUCCUGCAGGCGCUCAACCUCGGGAUCGAGGUCAUCAACACCACCGACCACUUGAAGUUCAGCAAGGACUGCGGGCGAGCGCUGCUGAAAAUGUGGUACUGCUCGCACUGCCAGGGGCUGCUGCUGGCCAAGCCGUGUGCCAGCUACUGCGGUGCCGUGAUGCACGGGUGCCUGGCGGGCGCCGCGGGCCUCGAUGGCUACUGGCGCGAGUACCUCCGCUCCCUGGAGGGGCUGGCCAAAGGCAUGCGCGGCGUCUACGACGUGGAGCGCGUCCUCCUCAGCCUCUUCUCCCUGGUGCGGGACGCGGUGGGGCACGUGCAGAAGAACGAGGGGAAGCUCUCCGCAGCCGUGGGCCGGCUGUGCGGCCGCGCGCGGCAGAGGCGACGGCGGUCGGCUGCUUCCCCCGAGGAGCGCCUCGACGAGAAGGCCCCGAAGGCGGCUCGAGCUGAACGAGAAGAAACCCUGUCCGGCCGGAGGAGGGAGCUCAUUAUGAAGCUGAAGUCUCACAGCAGCUUUUACAGCAGCUUGCCAGAGUACAUCUGCAGCCGCAGCUCUGCUGUGCAGAACGACACCCGCUGCUGGAACGGCCAAGAAGUCGUGGAGAGGUAUGGUCCCCAAAUCGCGAGGAACGGAGCGAAAGCUCAGCCUGGCACCCACGAGGUGAAGACGAAAGGUCCCGAGCCAGUCAUCAGCCAGAUUAUUGACAAGCUGAAGCACAUCAACCAGCUGCUGAAAGGGAUGGCUUUGCCGCGCCGAAAAGCUCCGGGCAAAACCGUGGAGGAGGAUGAGGAGGAGGAGGAGGCGGCAAGCGGCAACUGUGAUGAUGAAGACGACUGCGGCGGGGCCUCCGGAGAUGGGGAGCUGCGAGUCCGGAACCAGCUCCGGUUCUUAGCAGAACUGGCGUAUGACCUGGAUAUCGAAGAUGCCUCCACAAACAAGCAGCUUCUGAAUCAGCAAAGCAAAGACGGUGCUGCGGUUCCCAGCAGCGCCCCUGGCAGCCCGGCCCUGCGCCCAGGCCCUGCUGCUGCCGUUGCCCUGGCCAUGCUGCAGAUGCUGGGCCCUGGGCUGUGACCGGCGCCUGCAGCAGACGUGCUCAUCAAUCAGCGUCUUUCCAUGCCUUUUUUUUUAAUGAGGAAAACAUUCUGAACCUCUCUUGAAAUAUAUGCAUAUUUCCAAAGACAGGGCAAAUGACUUGGGUUGUUUUUAUAAAAUAAUAUAGUAUCUUCACAAAAAAAAAAAAAAAGCAUUUGUUCAUGGUAAACCAGUAAAUACAUAACAGUGCUUUUUAAAGAUAAUCCUGUUUAAUAUAAGAAGAUUGAUAUUAAAUUGUGUUCCUAGCAGAUUUUGAAGACUGAGGUCUCCAUCACUGUUAAGUUGAAGUGCAUAUUUCAUCUUGAGCUGUUUGAACAUGCAUGGGGUAAAGAACACCUACGAUUUAUUAAAUACUCUCAGCAAAUAUCAGGCCCCUGUUCCUAGUUGACUUAAUACAGAUUCUGUCUGUAGUUCAAGUGCUUUUUGUACAUACUCCAAAUUCGAGACUCACCCCUAGGAAUCUGGCCAGGCACAUAAUGUGGAAGGCGUGUGAAGACAGGAGAGAUAAGGUUGAACAUACGGCGUGAGACGAGAUGCCGAGGAAGAGGACGUGCCAUUGUCGGGGCUCGCCAGGUAUCAGGUACUCGUGGGUGCUGGUGUGGCCCCGCCGCAGCCAGCCCUAACCACCUCCUGGAUCCUGCGGGCGCUGGGCUCACCCUCCUGCCACCCCGAGCCCACGGCCAAGAGAUCCCGCGCCCAACACCAGCACGCUCCCGUUCCCAGGUAGGCAGGAGAUGGAUGGACCCAGCACAAGAGCCAGGGCAGAGGACUGAGGGGUGAGAUGGCUCCCAAGCUCACUGCUCUUGCAGCUUGGACAUCUCCCCUCUCUCUGGUCUCAGCGUAGCAGCUGGGAUGACCGCAGGGUAAAGGAUGCACCAGUCAACGCUACUGCUGCUGCCGGAGCAGCUUGUUUUGGGACACGCUGUCUCAGAUGCAUUGUCUCCAAGGCUGGACGCGGGAUCAACACGACUCCGAAGAGCUGUGCUGGCAGCGGUGGUCACCCGGGGCCGGCUGCGCUCCCACCACCGCGAUGCACACCUGCAGUGGGGGAGCUUGCAGGCAGCAUCACCCUUUGCUACCCAGCCGGGUCCUGCAAAGCCCACCGGCCACGGAUGGCCAGGUUCUCCUCCAGCUUCCACAGCGGUGGUGCUGGGGACCUGGCAGCUCGCACAGCAUCCUGAUGCAUCGGCAGAUGAGACUUGUUCAAAUGUUUUUUGCAUGUUACUUUGCCUAAACUAAUAAAGGUCCGUUGCUCUAUGAA